UACGGGUUAACACCGCUUCCCUGUCUUUUCAAAUCGGAGAAUCAAACAACAUGACCACGAAAACGUCGUCAGCAGCACCUAUUUGCGAGUUUUUAUUCGUAAUAGUGUGUGCUGUACUUGUUCGAUGGUUUACAUCACUUGGAGGAUAUUCUGGUGCUGGCAAAUCACCAAUGUUUGGUGACUUUGAAGCUCAGAGACAUUGGAUGGAAAUCACCUAUAAUCUUCCAGUUAAAAAAUGGUACCAUAACUCCACUGAUAAUGAUCUCAUGUACUGGGGCCUUGAUUAUCCCCCCUUAACAGCUUACCACAGCUGGAUUAUGGGGGCAAUUUCACAUUACAUUAACCCUGAGUGGGUUGCUCUCUAUUCAUCUCGAGGUCUUGAAAAUCCACUUCACAAGUUAUUUAUGCGAUAUUCAGUAAUCUUCUCAGAUCUUCUACUUUACAUCCCUGCUGUUUGUCUGUUUAUGUAUCACAGUUAUAAAAAGGACAGCAAAAAAUGUCUAAUGUCUACAGCCUGUGCCCUGAUUUACCCUGGACUAAUUCUGAUUGACCAUGGACAUUUCCAGUACAACUGUGUCAGUCUUGGACUGGCCCUGUGGGGUAUUUUGGCUUUGGCACAAGAUAAAGACGUUCUUGGAGCUGUUGCUUUUAUUUUGGCUCUUUGCUAUAAACAAAUGGAACUUUACCAUUCCUGGCCAUUCUUCUGCUACUUACUUGGCAAAUGCAUUUCCAGCAAAAAAGAAAACAGGUUUCUAAAGUUGGUCCGGUUAACUGUAGCAGUACUUGGAACUUUUUGUCUCUGCUUCUUGCCGUUUUUCAAACAGAAAGGUAGCAUCUUUCAAGUCUUGCACAGACUAUUUCCUUUUGAAAGAGGUCUGUACGAGGAUAAAGUUGCUAAUUUCUGGUGUUCAAUCAGCAUUUUUGUGAAGUUAAAAGAUAUGUUUCCUCAGAAAUCUUUGAUUUAUCUAUGCUUGUCAGUCACAGCAGUGUGUCUGUUACCAAGUGGGUUAAAUCUGCUCAGUCGACCAGCUAUGUCCAGAUUCAAAUUGACACUGGCUAGUUCUUCAUUGAUAUUUUUCCUGUUUUCAUAUCAAGUUCAUGAAAAAUCUAUCCUCUUAGUUGCUCUCCCUUUCUGCUUGCUUCUACCAAAUUAUCCAUUCCUUUCCUUCUGGUUCCUGCACAUAUCAACAUUGAGUAUGUUCCCAUUGCUUGUGAAAGAUGGCCUCAUCUUGCAGUAUUUUAGUUGUCAAGCAUUGUUUGCACUUGUUGUACUCAUGUUAAACAAAGUAAUGCCAGACCAAAUCUCCAAGAAGAAAAGUAAUUCACUCUUCAACUGGUUACUUCGAAGCAUGAUGUUCUUGUCUAUAUCAGGUGGUUUAGCUCUGAGUAUAGGUUCCCUGGUUGUUGAGCCACCUAAAGAUAAACCUGAUCUCUUCGCUGUCUUCACUGCAGUCUACUGUUGUGGUCAUUUCUUAAUGUUUCUCAUCUGUUUACACUACAUACAGUUUACACUUGAUAGACCUCGGUCAAAUCCUGUGAAGUCAAACAGUUCUCCAAGAAAAAAUGGACCACCCGAACGUAAAAAGGCCUCAGACGGUCAUAAAAAAAUUAAAAAGCAUUAAUUUUUUUUUUAUGAUAUCAAGGUAAUAAAAAACAUUUUUUAAUUAAAAGUGA